AUGGCUUUGUCAAAUACCUCUUCCCUCUGCUCCAGAUCCCUUUUCCAAGCCCAAUCCUUGUUCCCCCCCUCCCAAUCCCAUCAACCCGCAUUCCCUCUCCUCCCGAACAAGCCACACCGCCACCCCGUCUCUGCUGUACACGCAGCAGAGCCCGCCAAGACCCCUGUCGCCGAAAAGCCAAAAACGUCAUCUCCUUCGCCAUCCAAGGUGGAACCGGGCAGAUGGAGCCCCGACAGCUGGAAAUUGAAGAAGGCUCUGCAGCUCCCUGAGUAUCCCAAAGAGGCAGAUCUGGAGUCAGUUCUCAGGACCAUUGAGGCUUUCCCACCUAUUGUGUUUGCCGGAGAGGCGAGAACUCUCGAGGAGCGCCUCGCAGAGGCCGCCAUGGGCAAUGCUUUUCUCCUCCAGGGAGGAGAUUGUGCCGAGAGUUUCAAGGAAUUCAGUGCCAAUAAUAUUCGUGACACUUUCAGAAUUCUUCUCCAAAUGGGUGUUGUCCUUAUGUUUGGUGGCCAAAUGCCGGUAAUUAAGGUGGGAAGAAUGGCGGGUCAGUUUGCAAAACCAAGAACUGAGACAUUAGAAGAGAGAGAUGGAGUGAAGUUGCCAAGCUACAAAGGGGACAACAUAAAUGGUGAUGCUUUCACUGAGAAAGACAGAGUUCCAGAUCCACAGAGGAUGAUAAGGGCUUAUUGCCAGUCUGCAGCCACUCUUAACCUUCUUAGGGCCUUUGCAACAGGAGGAUACGCUGCAAUGCAGAGGGUUACCCAAUGGAAUCUUGAUUUUGCAGAGCACAGUGAGCAAGGCGAUAGGCAAUUGGAUGGUGCACAUGUUGAGUUUCUAAGAGGAGUUGCGAAUCCCAUUGGCAUUAAGGCUGUUCCACAUGAUAGCUGUCUGCUUUUGUUAGCUUUGCAUCUUUUGCUUAGUCAUUUCAACGUGAGCAAUAAAAUGGAUCCAAAUGAGCUAGUUAAACUUAUUGAAAUCCUCAAUCCUACUAACAAGCCAGGAAGAAUAACAGUGAUUGUAAGAAUGGGUGCUGAGAACUUGAGAGUCAAGCUGUCCAAUCUGAUCAGGGCUGUUCGUAGGGCAGGGCAAAUUGUGACUUGGGUUUGCGACCCAAUGCAUGGCAACACCAUAAAGGCACCCUGUGGACUCAAAACUCGGGCUUUUGAUUCAAUCUUGGCGGAGGUGCGAGCAUUCUUUGAUGUGCAUGAGCAGGAAGGGAGCCACCCUGGAGGAAUCCAUCUUGAGAUGACAGGGCAGAAUGUGACUGAGUGCAUUGGUGGGUCUCGAACUGUGACUUAUGACGAUCUUGGUUCACGCUAUCACACACAUUGCGAUCCAAGGCUCAAUGCUUCUCAAUCUCUAGAGCUGGCCUUCAUAAUCGCGGAGCGCCUGAGGAAGAGAAGGAUUGGAACCCAACGCCUGCUUUCUCUAAGUCUGUAG